AUGGGACAGGCCAUCAGCGGCGGCCUCACGCAGAACGACGUGGACGAGGUCAUCAGCGCCUGCAAGGGCGCGUUCACACAACCAGAGGUGGAGGCCCUGUAUCGGAGAUUCAGAUCACUGGACCGCGGCCUCAAAGGCUACAUCAGCGCCGAGGAGUUCCUGGCAAUCCCAGAGCUCUCCAUCAACCCCCUGGCCAAUCGCGUCGUGCGGCUCUUCGAGAGCGUCAACUUUCUCGAGUUUGUCAAACUGCUGGCGCCCUUCACAUCACGUGUCACCAAAGACGACAAGCUGACCUUCCUUUUUACUGUGUUUGAUGUGGAUGGGGAUGGCCUGGUGUCCCGAGAUGACAUGCACGUGAUGCUGCGGCAGCUGGCGGGCAGCACCCUCACAGAUGAGGACAUCGACACUCUCACGACCCGCGGCUUCGAGGGCGCCGGUGCGCCGCACGGCCUGAACCUCGCCGCGUUUAAGGCGGCGAUGGCGGGGCGGGACCUCAGCUCGAUGGAGGUGGCCGUCGCAACGGAUACGUGA